CUUAGAUUUAAACUUUGUACUUAACGCUAGUCCCUUCAAAGUAAUACAUACGUAUUUACAUAAACUUACCUGCACAGACCUACAAUUAGGUAACUCAACUUAUCAGCUCGGAAGGCCACCAAACCUAACAAUCCCUGGCCUCCAUUUGUCUGCCAACACUUACGUAUCCAGCUUGUUAAGUAUCAACCUAAAGCACGGUGCCUUUAUAAUCCUCAAAGUUAUAUUUAAACUGUUGCAGGUAGUGGCAUGUUGAAAAUUCUAUAACACGACUCCAGCGGCAAGAAGAAGAAAAAGAAGCUACAUAGCAUCUCGGAGCCUCAGAACUACAUAAUUCAAACUCCCAACCCCAAAAGACAACACCGGCUUACAAGGAAUCGCUAAUUCAUACGACGUAUGGGGCACUGAUAUCAAAUCAUACAAAUUUUAUCCUACGCUCAGUCGUACAUAUCGAGACGAUGGCAACCAACGGCGAUAUCGAUAUAGGCCAGCUCUCUCCGGAGCAGCAAUCGGCCCUCGAGCAAUACACCCAGGUCACAGCACAAGAUAUUAAGGAUGCGGUGCCGUUGUUAGAGAGGUCGCAAUGGAAUGUGCAAAUAGCAAUAGCCAAGUUCUUCGAUGGCGAAGGUCCCGAUCCCGUAGCCGAAGCUAUGGCCGCUCAGAACGAUAUUCCCCGACAAGCAGCCAGACAUGAAAACCUACAAGAAAGCUUCGCAGCAUCCGCGCGGCCUUCCGGACGCUCAGUACCACGAGCCAGACCUGAUCCUGCACCGAGGAUAGUACCUCAACCUCAGACGACCACUCGCCUGCCUUUUAUCCUGUCUAUCCUAUUCGCUCCCUUCAACUUCGGAUACAAAGCCGUCUCGACGCUCUUUCGCACAUUCAUGUACAUCUUCGCGUUUCUCCCCGCAUCCAUACGGCCCCGCAUGAUAACCACGAGCAUGACGAGCGGGUGGAAGGGCACCAUGGGCCGGCGCAUGCUGAUGCCGCGCGAUACCGCCUCCCGGUUCAAGCGGGAAUUCGAAGAGGAAUACGGCAACGACAGCCUGCCCUUCUUCGAGGGCGGCUUCGCGCAAGCCCUCGACCUAGCCAAGAAGGAGCUCAAGUUCCUCCUAAUAGUACUCAUGUCGCCCGAACAUGACGACACAGAAUCCUUCACGCGGGAGACUCUACUCUCGCCUGACGUCAUUAGCUUCAUCAACGAGCCCAGCAACAACAUCGUUCUAUGGGGCGGCAACGUCCUCGACUCCGAGGCAUAUCAAGUCGCCGCCGAGUACAACUGCACCAAGUUCCCCUUCUCAUGCCUAGUGUGCCUGACCCCUAAAGAGGGCAGCACCCGCAUGAGCAUCGUCAAGCGACUAACCGGACCCAUACCCCCCGCAACUUACCUCGCCGAGAUCCAAACCGCAAUCAACAAGUACGCCCCGGACCUAGCCGGCGCCCGCGCCGAGCGCACCGCCCACGAAGUCGCGCGCACCCUACGCACCGAGCAGGACUCGGCGUACGAGCGCUCCCUAGCCCGCGAUCGCGAACGCGCCCGCCAGCGCAGGGAAGCCGAAGCUGCCGCCGCCGAGGCCGAGCAGCGCGCCAGAGAAGAAGCCAAAGCCGCAGAGCGCCGCGCCGCCCAGCGCCAACAGUGGCGACGCUGGCGCGCGUGUACCGUGGCCCCCGAGCCCGAAGCUUCUGCCAAGGAUGUCGUGCGGCUCGCUCUCAAGAUGCCCGACGAAGCGGACGGGCGGAUCGUGCGACGGUUCGCGGGCACGACUACGGUAGAGGAGUUGUAUGCUUUUGUGGAGUGCUACGAUCUACUUAAGGGAGGAGAGGAGCUCGAUGACGAUGUGGAGGAGCCGGAGGGCUAUGAGCAUGAGUAUAAGUUCCGCAUUGCGUCGCCCUUGCCCCGAGUUGUCUACGAGCCGGAUGCUACUGCUACGCUGGCGGAUACGAUUGGCAGGUCUGGUAACCUGAUUGUCGAGAGUAUAAUCUCCGAUGAGUCGGAUGAUGAUCAGGGUGCGGUGUAGAAUAGAUACAAACUUACUUAAUAUGUCUAGCAGAAUAGAACUAUUAUAUGAGUACCUAAC